UUUGUGUAAAGAUAAUAAUCACACCGGUUUUGUGGUGUCUUAGGUUGUAUACAGCAGUGUGUAUAUAUUGCUAAAAUUAGUGUUUAUGCAAAAUUGAAAUACAUUCUCUACGUUUGCAGCGUUUAUUGUACACAUUUUUGAAAUGAUAAGGAACUGUAAUAGCCUUAUUCUGCAGAUAUAGCAAUGCUAUGUGAAUGAUAGAAUGGUGUACAUCUCAUCUAUGGAGACUGUAUAAAAUUUUUCAUUUCUAUCAGGACGUUUCAGGAUUUUGAAGUCACUUAAGCACUUGCCAAGGCUUAAAGACAUUGUUGGACACUGAUAUCCUAUCUCCUAAAAUGUGAUAGUCACAUCCUUCCUGCUAAGCUUAUUUUGUGAAGGUUAAUAGUCAAGAUGGUACAUGCUGAAGCCUUUUCUCGUCCAUUGAGUCGGAACGAAGUUGUUGGUUUAAUUUUCCGUUUAACAAUAUUUGGUGCAGUAACAUACUUCACUAUCAAAUGGAUGGUAGAUGCGAUUGACCCAACCAGAAAGCAGAAAGUAGAAGCUCAGAAACAGGCAGAAAAACUGAUGAAGCAAAUUGGUGUGAAAAAUGUGAAGCUUUCAGAAUAUGAAAUGAGUAUUGCUGCUCAUCUAGUAGACCCUCUUAAUAUGCAUGUUACAUGGAGUGAUAUAGCAGGUUUAGAUGAUGUCAUUACAGAUCUGAAGGACACAGUCAUCUUACCUAUCAAAAAGAAGCAUUUGUUUGAGAAUUCCAGGCUUCUGCAGCCUCCAAAAGGUGUUCUUCUGUAUGGACCUCCAGGCUGUGGGAAAACGUUAAUUGCCAAAGCUACAGCCAAAGAAGCAGGCUGUCGAUUUAUUAACCUUCAGCCUUCGACACUGACUGAUAAGUGGUAUGGAGAAUCUCAGAAACUGGCUGCUGCUGUUUUCUCCCUUGCCAUAAAGCUACAGCCUUCCAUCAUAUUUAUAGAUGAAAUAGACUCCUUUCUACGAAACCGUUCAAGUUCUGACCAUGAAGCUACAGCAAUGAUGAAAGCUCAGUUUAUGAGCCUCUGGGAUGGACUGGAUACGGAUCACAGCUGCCAGGUCAUAGUGAUGGGAGCUACCAAUCGCCCUCAAGACCUUGACUCGGCUAUAAUGAGAAGAAUGCCUACAAGAUUUCAUAUCAACCAGCCUGCUCUAAAACAAAGAGAAGCAAUCUUGAAACUCAUCCUGAAAAAUGAAAAUGUGGAUAGACAUGUAGAUCUUCUAGAAGUUGCCCAGGAAACUGAUGGGUUUUCAGGAAGUGACCUAAAAGAAAUGUGUCGAGAUGCUGCCCUCCUCUGUGUCAGGGAGUAUGUCAAUUCUACAUCAGAGGAAAGAAAAGAAAGUACAUGGCGGUAUUUUCAAUAUGGAGAGCUUCAAGUGAGCCAUGAUAUCUGGCAGAAACUAAGCCUUCUACUGCUGACUGGAAUCCAAAAGGAAACUUUUGGAGAGCAAAGGCUUCGCUUUGAUCAUGGCCAGCAUGUGAGCAGGCUAUUGGCUUUGGAACAUGUGGAUGGAAAAGACAAGAAAAGGGACAUUCACUGGAUCAUCUCAAGGUCAGCAAGUUGUUUCUAUAGGCAGAAGAUAACACUUGGCCAAGUGUCAACGUAUGAACAUUGUGACCUUUCAAAUCCCCAACAGAAAUUAAAAUGUACCAGUCAUGAGGCAUGGAGGCCAAUUUGCACACCACAAAUCUGCAUCUGUGUUAUAGUAACAUCAGCCCAGUUAGGUAACAGACUAUAUGAUCUUCAUGUAAAUUCGAAUUGGAAGGUAAAAUGUAUGAUGGGUAGUAAAAAGUUAAAUGAUCUAGCAAGCACAGUUUGGGGUGGACGUUUAUACAAUUAUAGUCUGUUAUUCAGGAAAGAAACUAUAGGUAAGUCAAGAGAUAUAUGUCUGUGAUGUAGUAAUUUUUGAAUUGUAAAAGUCUAUUCUGUCUCUGUCUCUUUCUCUCUGUGAGUGUCUAUCUCUGUGUGUGUGUCUGUCUCUGUAUAUCUCUUAGUCUCUAUCCCUGUCUCUCCCUCUGUCUUCUCCCCCUACUCUAGUGUGUGUGUGUGUGUGUGUGUGUAUGUGUGUGUGUGUGUAUGUGUGUGUGUGUGUAUGUGUAUGUGUGUGUGUGGUAUGUAUGGGUGAGAGCCAGAGAUCGGUGUCUUCCUACAUCACUCUUCUAUUUUUUGAGAUAAGAUCUCCCAUUGAGCCUGGAGCUCAGGAGCGAGAAUUAAAUGAAUUUUCCUGUCUUAGUCUCUCUAGCCCUGGGAUUACAGAUAUAUGUACCAAGCUUUUUAUUUUUAUUGUUUUAUUUACUCUUUGAGAAAUCACACAUGUAUGCAAUUAAAUAUCAUGUCCACCCCAUUUCCCUCCUUCAAAUCCCCUCAUUUCCCCCAAACACACCUCUCUCCCAGCUUCAUGCCCUUCUUCCCUCUUUCUCUCUCUCUCUCUCUCUUUCUUUCUUUCUAAAUAGUCCAUUCUAUUCAGUUAGUGCUGCCCAUAUGUACAUGGGUAUGGGGCCAUCCACUGGAGUAUGGUCAAGUGUCCACAGUCCCAACGAAAAAUGCUUCUUGCUGUGGAACAAUCUUUUUGUACACUGUGGGUAUUUCUUGUUCUCAUUGGUCUAAUAAAUGGCUAAACGGCCAAGAGCUAGGUAGGUAGAGGUUAGUCAGGACAUGUGGACAAAAAGAGAGUACUGGGAAGGGGGGGUCAUGAGAAGUCACCAGGAGAUGUGGGGAGCAUCAAGAUGAACAUGCAGUGCUGAAAAAAGUUACUGCCAUGUGGCAGAGUGUAGAUAAGAAAUAUGGGUUAAUUCAAGUCAUAAGAGCCAGUUAGUAACAAGCCUAAGCUAUCAGCCAAGCAUUUAUAAUUAAUAUUAAGUCUCGGUGUGAUUAUUUGGGAGCCAGGAGUCAUAAUGAAAAACUCUGCCUACAAAUGACACCCAAAUGUCUGGCAACAUAUAUCCAUAUGAAACCUGAGAAAGCUUAAGAAAAGGUUCAAAACACACUAAAAUGGAGCCCGGCGUGGCUUCUUAGUCUCACAGUCUCAUGCCAGCCACAGUAGAGAGACACAUCUCCCAGCAGCUACCUGCAGAUGGAACCAGCCACCAGCCACCACAUGCUAGCACCAGGCACUAAGCCGAGCCACUGACACAGCAAUGUAAGAUUCGUCUCAUGUGAUCAGGGUGAGAGAGGGUCUCAGCCAGGUUAAGUACCUAAGUCUUCAAAAGUGGAUAUUCUGAUGCCCCAUCAGACAAAUCUAAUCAGAACCUGGAGGUGGUAGACACUUCCAGCACACUAGACAGGGUUGCACUAGAGGACGCAUCAGUCACUUUAUAGUUCAAGGAGAGCAUUCACAUCUCCUCAGUCCACCUUUGCUGUGUGAUUAAACCAAGAUUACUAUCUAAAUUAUCAGGACCAGAAGUCAGUUGGUUCUUCGGUUCCUUCACUGAUUCUUUCAGUAAGUUUACUCAGCUCCUAUUCUGUGCUAGGACAGUCCUAGGCACCAAGCCAGCAGAAUCCUUGGCAUCAUUUUGGGUUGAAAGGUCAGAAAAUGAAGUAUCUCCACUGCCUGGAGGAGAGAAGAGAGUGCACACAUACACAUGCACCACACCACCCCCAACAUGCAUGCAUAUAAUGUACACUAUUAUAAAGGUAUAUAAAGAGUAUCUGCAAGUCGAUAAUAAAAAGAACCCAGUUUUUAAAAAGAUACCAGUGAUCUGAAGAAUCAAUUAAUUACAGGUUCAUCAUGAAGUGCACAAAUUCAUCAGUUACCAAAGAAAUACAAAAUAAAACCAAAACAAGAUACCAAUAGCAUCUAAUGGCAGCUAAGGAGUGUCUCUUAUAUUGAUGGUGUGUGUGUGUGUAUGUGUAUGUGUGUGUGUGUGUGUGUGUGUGUGUGUGUGUGUGUGUGUAAAACAACUGUUUUACAAAAUUAAAUGUUUACCUCCACUAUGGCCAUUCAUUUAUUCAAGAGAAAUGAAGGCAUGUGUCCUAAAAAGACUUAUACAAGAAUGUUCUUAACAACUUUAUUUGACUAAAAACUGGAAAUAAUUGUCAUCAAUAAAAAAAAAAAAAAAAAAAAA